CCCUCCCAUUCGUUCCUUCGCUUCUCCGCCAUCACGGAAAACCGAACAAAAAAACCUUAAUGUCGAGCAAAAUGGGGAGAAGUCGAAGAGCGGAAAUAAGCCACUAAAGUCCCUGACAGCGCCCAGUUGAGCAUGGAGCGUACCCGGGUGGAUUUAUGAGCCACAAUGCCGACUUCCCAUUCGGCUUCUAAUUGCUAACUAGCGCCGCUAAUCAACCCGGGAUUGUGAAGCAAGCGGCCGCUCGCUCGGUUCGCUUGACAGGCAGCCGCUUUUUUUUUUUAUUCAUGUCGCCUGGCGAAUUCGGUCCAAGCGUCGGAAUGGCGAGGAGUUUGAGUCAUGCCGUCGAAGGGAAAAAUGCACUUUGUCUGCGCUGAGUAGACAGCAGCAGCAGGAGAGCUGGCCGCUGGGGGGGCGAGCAAAAAAAGGGGAGUGAGACCUACAUUUUUCCUUCCAGGCCAGUCAGCUAGCUUCGGCUAGCUCCAGUGGAUUCCAAAGCCACGGCGCUGGUCAUGCCGUCGAGUGUGCGGGCCGGGAGCCUGAAGGACCCGGAGGUGGCCGAGCUCUUCUGCAGGGAGGACCCCGAAAAGCUCUUCACGGACCUGAGGGAAAUAGGACAUGGGAGCUUCGGCGCCGUCUACUUUGCCCACGACAUCCGCACCAAUGAGGUGGUGGCCAUCAAGAAGAUGUCCUAUAGUGGCAAGCAGUCCAAUGAGAAAUGGCAGGAUAUCAUCAAGGAAGUCAAGUUCCUCCAGAAGCUGCGGCACCCCAACACGGUCGAGUACCAUGGAUGCUAUCUGAGGGAGCACACGGCAUGGCUGGUGAUGGAGUACUGCUUGGGUUCAGCUUCGGAUUUGUUGGAAGUCCACAAAAAGCCCCUCCAAGAAGUGGAAAUAGCUGCGAUUACCCAUGGUGCACUGCAAGGACUGGUUUAUCUUCACUCUCACAACAUGAUUCACAGGGACGUAAAAGCGGGCAACAUCUUGCUGACCGAACCCGGCCAGGUCAAACUGGGCGACUUUGGUUCCGCCUCCAUCGUCGCGCCGGCCAACUCUUUCGUGGGAACACCUUACUGGAUGGCACCCGAGGUGAUCCUAGCCAUGGAUGAGGGACAAUACGACGGAAAAGUGGAUGUGUGGUCACUUGGCAUUACCUGUAUAGAGUUGGCGGAAAGGAAGCCUCCUCUGUUCAACAUGAAUGCAAUGAGUGCCUUAUACCACAUCGCACAGAACGAAAGCCCCGUUUUGCAGUCCAAUCAUUGGUCGGAUUAUUUCCGCAAUUUCGUGGAUUCGUGCUUGCAGAAGAUAGCCCAGGACAGACCUACCUCCGACGUGCUCCUUAAGCACCAUUUCUUAUGCAGGGAGCGUCCAAUGACCAGCGUGAUGGACCUGAUCGCGCGCACCAAGGACGCCGUCCGAGAGCUGGACAACCUUCAGUAUAGGAAAAUGAAGAAAAUCCUUUUCCACGAGGCCCACAAUGGGCCUGCGCCUGAAGGGGCGGACGAGGAAGAGGAUGUGGAGCAGUACAUGCUGCGCACAGGCACGGUGAACAGCAUGGAGAGCUCGCACUCACUGCCGUCCAUGUCCAUCAGCGCCAGCUCCCAAAGCAGCUCGGUCAACAGCCUGGCAGACGGUUCGGACGACAGCGGUGAGAUGGCCAUGAUGCAGGAGGGCGAACACACCGUCACCUCCAACAGCUCCGUCCUGCACAAGCCCCUGAGCCACGAUAACAUCUACGAUGACCCGUACCAGCCGGAGGUGGACUUGCAACGAGAUGCAUCGUCCGCCAGCGGAGGAGGGGGCGGCGGCGGGGGCGGAGGAGGGAGGCGCCGUCGCGGGCGCGACCAUUUCGCCACCAUUCGCACAGCCUCACUCGUCACUCGCCAGAUCCAAGAACACGAGCAGGGGUCGGCCCUCAGAGAGCAGAUGUCUGGGUACAAGCGUAUGCGCCGGCAGCACCAGAAGCAGUUAAUGGGUCUUGAAAACAAGUUGAAGGCAGAGAUGGACGAGCACCAGCUGAGACUGGACAAAGAACUGGAGAACCAGAGAAACAGCUUCUCUAUGGAAGGGGAAAAGUUGUGCAAGAAACACUCUGCUAUAAUGGAAAAGGAGACCAAGGCAGUCCUGACUGAGGAGAAGAAGUUCCAACAGCACAUACUGGGACAGCAAAAGAAGGAGUUGACAAGUCUCCUAGAAUCGCAGAAACGACAGUACCGACAACGCAAGGAGCAACUCAAAGAGGAACUAAAUGAGAAUCAGUCAACGCCAAAGCGGGAGAAGCAGGAGUGGUUGGUGCACCAGAAGGAGUGUCUGCAGCAGCUACAGGCCGAGGAGGAGUCAGGACUGCUGAGGAGACAAAGGCAGUAUUAUGAGCUCCAGAGUCGCCAGUACAAAAGGAAAAUGCUGCUAGCACGCCACAACCUUGAGCAGGAUCUGCUCCGAGAGGAGCUAAACAAGAAGCAGACGCUGAAAGACCUGGAGUGCGCCAUGCUCCUGCGCCACCACGAGUCCACGCAGGAGCUGGAGUUCCGCCAGCUGAGUCUGGUGCAGCGCACCCGAGCAGAGCUGAUCCGCACACAGCACCAGACGGAACUCACCAACCAGAUGGAGUACAACAAGCGGCGCGAGCAGGAGCUGCGUCAGAAGCAUGCCGUGGAGGUCCGACAGCAGCCCAAGAGCCUCAAAUCCAAAGAGCUGCAGAUUAAGCGUCAAUUCCAGGACACGUGCAAGAUCCAAACGCGACAAUACAAGGCCCUGCGAAACCACCUGCUGGAGAACACGCCCAAAUCUGACCACAAGGCAGUAUUGAAGCGCCUGAAGGACGAGCAGACCCGCAAGCUGGCCAUACUAGCCGAACAGUAUGACCACUCCAUCAAUGAUAUGCUGUCCACGCAAGCCUUGCGAUUGGAUGAGACGCAGGAAGCCGAGUACAAGGUGCUACGCAUGCAACUCCAACAAGAACUGGAGUUGCUCAAUGCCUACCAGAGCAAGAUCAAGAUCCAUACAGACACGCAGCACGAGAGGGAGGUCAAGGACUUGGAGCAGAGGGUUUCUAUUCGCCGUGCACUGCUGGAGCAGAGGAUCGAAGAGGAGAUGCUGUCCCUCCAGAACGAGCGUUCCGAACGCAUCCGCACUCUCUUGGAGCGUCAGGCCAGCGAGAUCGAGUCUUUCGACUCUGAGAGUUUACGUCUAGGCUUCAGUGGUAUGGCAUUGGCGGGCCUGCCGGGCGACGGCUACUCCAAGCAGGGUUACCCCAACGCGCCGCCCCCGGCACCGCGCUCCACCAGUCACUGGAGUCACGGGGUGCACCCCCAGAGCGCUGCCUUGCCGCAACCCUCGCGGCGGAGCCACAGCAGCAGCAGCAGCGGCGGAGGCGAAAGAGGGGAGCGGAGGAGCGACUCGUCGUCCUCGCACUUGGCGUUGGCAAUGAGCCGGGACGGAGGGAGGGAGGGGCACCAUUCAUCCUCUUCGUCCUCAUCCUCCUCGUCUUCCUCCCAACACCAGCGCCAUCACCUCCCCCAGCACUACCACCACCAGAGCACACCGCAGUUGUACCGCGAACGGGAACGCGAUCGGGACCGGGAACGGGAGAAGGAGAGGGACUGGCCCGGAAUGCGGGGAGCCGGAGGAGAUCUUGUCCACCCUCUGCCCUUGCCCUUCUCACAUCACCUACCUUCGCGUUCCUCUUCUCAGUCCCUGGCCAUGCUACCUCCGCCGCCGCCAGCCCCUCCGUCCGUCUCGGGCCCGUCGUCCUCCUCGUCUUCCUCCUCGUCCUCGCAGGGGGGAGUCUACGGGGGCAUUCGCGCCGCCCCCAGUCUGAUGGCUCUGAGAAACAGCCCCCAGCCUCUGAGGAGGACGGCGUCUGGCGGGGGGCCCGGGGCGGCUGCCGGCCCCGACGGAGUCCUGAGCCGGAGCACCUCCGUCACCUCGCACAUCUCUAACGGCUCGCACCUCUCCUACUCUUAGGCCAACCGGCGCUUCUCAAACUUUUGGGGGUCCAGGGACACCUUUACGAAUAACUACGGUUGUAGAAAGCAUUACUUGUUCCAUAGAGGGUGACAGUUCUGGAAGAAAAUGAAGUACAGAAGCAGUUUACAAAAUUAUAAGAUCCAGUCAAUUAGAACUUGCUCUCUUAUUGAUUGCUAAUCAAGUUUUGGAAAAAUGGAUCCAAGGCUAGCAUACAGAAGCCAAACAAAAGGGUCCAAGAACAGACCCUUGAGGAAUGCCGUUAAAUCAGAUUUCCAAUCAGAUGAAAUCUUUUACCUUUUUCAUGUCGAGACCAAUUUCAUUUUCUGCAAAAAUAAGUGCUUCUCAAAAUGAUAAUCAAAUUCCCUCUAGUACACAGGUGUCAAACCUGCGGCCCGGGGGUCAGAUCCGGCACGCCACAUCAUUUUCUGUGGCCCGCGGAAUCAAAUAAUGUGCAUUGACUUUAUUUUUCUUGCUAAAAUACCAAAAUUACGGAUUGUUGUCAAGUCACGUGAAUUUAUUCUGCCCUUAACUCAUUCACCGCCGGUGACGGUCAUAGGAUUACAAUCCAAUUGGACUCAAAAUGGAUUGAAUGUCGAGUGCCAUUAACAGCACAAAAAGAUGAGUAAUCACAGAGAGUCCUCGUAGUUUAAAUAAAUGGACAGGCAAUGAGUUAAUCACAUCAAGGUACCAAAAGGCUUCACAGACCCACAUUUGACUGUAAAAUAUGAAAUAAUUUAAUAAUAAUAUUAACAAGUGAAUUAAAUUGUUACAAAAAAAACUAGUGUUGUAUCAAUACUAGUAUCGCAAGGCCCAAUACAGCGGUAAAAUGCUGGUAUCGGUGAGUACUAACAAAUAACUCUUCGGGAUUUUGUUUUAGACCAUUAUAAAACCACAGAAGAAGACUUCUGCUUCAUUUAAGAGCUAGGCUUUGAAACGAUUUGAAAUGAAAACGGUAGUAACCAGACCGAAUAAACACUAUUGUAUGUUUUUUCAAACAGCGGGGUAUCGGUAAGGUAUCUGUACAGUAUCGGCAUUGACGAAAGCCGUGUAUAGGAAAUGUAUUUGGUGCCCAAAAAAAAAAAUGGUAUCAGAACAACACUAUUAAAAACAUUGAGAUACUGCGAUUUAAGAUUUUUUUUAAAAUAACAUUUUCUCACUUGCUUGAUUUGUUACGUACAGUCAUGUGAAAAAAUUAGGACACUCCAUGAGCCCCAGUUCUCUAUCAAAAAAUGUUUACAUAUAAAUGUCUGAUCUUGUUUUUCUUCAUCUCUGGAAAAGAAAGUGAUUUAAUUGCAGGUAAACAACAAAAAUUAACAUUGUUUUACUCAUUAAACCACAUAUAUCAACAAAAAUGCAUAUUCUAACUGAGGAAAAAGUUAGGACACACUGCCACCUAAUAGCUACUGUUACUCCUUUGGCUGAAAUAACUUCAGUGAGACGCUUUUUGUUGCCAUCUUCCAGACAAGAAAGUUUGCCCCACUCCUCAACGCAGAAAACAUUCAGCUUUGAGAGGUUUGUUGAAUGAAAAGCCCAUUUCAAGUCACCCCACAGCCUCUCAAUGGGAUUAAGAUCUGGGCUUUGACUUGGCCGUUCCAGGAAUCUCCAUUUCUUCCUUUUCAGCCAGUCCUUGGUGGAUUUACUGGUAUGUUUUGGGUCAUGUCAUGUUGCAGGGUCCAGUUUCGAUUCAGCUUUCGUUUUUUCACAGAUAAUCUCACAUGUUCUUCAAGCACCCUCUGAUACACAAAAGAAUUCAUGGUUGAUUUUAUGAUUGUGAGCCGGCCAGGUCCUGCUGCAGCAAAGCAUCCCCAAACCAUGACACUUCCAUCUCUGUGUUUCACAGUUGGUAUGAGGUUCUUUUCCUGGAAUGCUGUAUUGGGUUUACGCCAAACAUGUAAUCUCUUCUGGUGUUCAAAUAAUUCAAUUUUAGAUUCAUCUGUCCAAAGAACAUUAUUCCAGAAGUCCUGGUCUUUGUCUACAUUCACUCUGGCAAACUUCAGUCUGGCCUUCAUGUUCUUCUUGGAGAGCAAACGUUUCCUCCUUGCACACCUCCCAUGAAGGUUAAACUCGUGAAGUCUCAUUCUGAUUGUAGAGGCAUGCACUUUCACAUCAACAGUAGCUAGAGGCUGCUGUAGGUCCCGUGAUGACAUUUUAGGGGAUUUUGGAGACUUCGUUUAGCAUCUUGCGGUCUGCUGUCGGGCUGAAUUAGCUUGAAUGGCCAGACCUGGGCAUGUUGGCAGUUGUUUUAAAUGUCCUCCACUUCUAGACUAUUUUCCAGACAGUGGAAUGGCUGAUUUUAUAUUCGAGAUCUUUUGAAAUCCCUUUCCAGACUCAUAAGCAUCUACAAUCUUCUUUCUGGAGGCCUCAGACAGCUCAUUUGAUCUCACCAUGGUGUUUUCUCUCACUUCAACAGUCAUGGGCACACCAAACUAAAUGUAAGGUUUAAAUAAGGCAAGCCUCCUUCAAAACGCUGGGUAAUGAUGUUCUCAUCAUGGCCACCUAAUGUGAUACUCUUGUGUGUGAUUUUCGCCAUUUGAAGUGGGAUUGAAUGUGGGGAUGUCCAAGUUUAUUCUGCAACAGAAAUUGCAUUUAUUUAAAAUUACAUUUUACAGAAAAAAAUCGUUUUUUUCAGUUUUAAUUGUUUAGUUCUGUUACUUAAGUGGUGUCCAAACUAUUCCACAUAGGGCCGCAGUGGGUGCUGGUUUUCAUUCCUACAAAAUAAGACGACAUCUUUUCACCAAUCAGAUGUCUCACAAGUGUAAUCAGUUGAUUGCAGUCAGGUGCUGCUUGUUUUAGAACAAACUUCAUUGGUUAAACUGUCUGUGCUCGAUUGGUAGGAACAAAAACCAGGACCCACAGCGGCCCUUGGGGACAGGUUUGGACACCCAUGUGUUACUUGAAUCUUUCAAGAUUGUUAAAAUUGAUAUUAAAAAUCCAUAUGACCAAAUACGUUAGAGAACACAGACUUCCAUAGGGUGUCCUAAUCUUUUCACGCGACUGUAAAUGAGCAAAACAACGACUAUGCUAAUUCAUUCACUUGCAGCCAUUGCGCUAAUAUCGGUCAUUAGGUCGGUACUUGAUAUAAACAUUUAGAAGAACUACUGCGCCAAAUGACAAUGCGUGUUCGUAGAAUUUGGGUUUUCCGCAUUUUCCGCUUAAAAUAUGGUGGACCCUACCCGGACCCCAGUUUGAGGGGGAUGUUUGGUUCCCCGUAAAGGCCAUGAGGUGCAUCCUGCCCUUUAUCCACUCAGGCUGGAAGAGAGGAGAGGAAUGUAACAUCACAUGAAAAACAAAUAGUCUUUCGUGUUUUGUUUUUAUAAUUUCUGGGAGACUUUCUCAUUUCCUUCCGAUUCGGCAGCCGCGUCUUCUUCUAUGAUGUUCUAUGCUGGAAUGGAGAAACAAAGAGGACAACGGGGAAGGAAUUAUUGUUUCUGUACUCACUGUAUUUGUAUGUAGUGUCCAGAUAUAUAAGCACUGCUGAUGAAGUCGUCGGCUUCCAUUGACAGCGGUAGACGUUGGAUCCAUUUUGACUGAAAGUUUCCGAGGUGCGAGUUUAAUCACUUCAAAUGGAUCGGAUGUCUAUCACCUUCAAUGGUGAGAAACGAGUUUAAAAAAAAAAAAAAUGUUUUCUUCGCUUUCUUUUGUAUUGAACGUAUGGGGAAAAAAUGAAACGUCACCAAUGCCUUUAAGGGUUUCUUAAAGGGACGUCACGUCGUCAAAAUGUGUAUUUGAUGACCACAACUGAAUGUUUGUAAAAAGACUUAAGUGUAAAAAUGAGGAAAAUGAUAUGAAUAAUUCAGGCAUACAUAAGUAUCUUAACGUGUAGGUGUCUAAAGGCGUCACUUCAAUGCAUGAGCUCGAUGUGCAAAAGACAUUCGUAAGCAUCACCAAACAUUGGAAAUGUAACGUAGCCGUCUCACACAUUUUGGAUCUUUAUUGUACAUAUUUAUGUGGAAUAUUAUAAGCGAAACCGCAGUUUUAUAGAGUUACGCAGAUGCCGACCAGUAAUUUUGAUAUACAGUACUGUAUUCAAAUGAGUGUUGAAUAUUUUAGAGAAAACGACUCAAUGCAUUUUCUAGAGUUGUCAAUAGGCAAUCCUGAUUGUAGCUGUCGUCGUAUGUUCUCACUAUGAAAAAAAAAAAAAAAAUACUGUCAGGUGUGCUUUGUGUUUGAGGUAUUAAGGAUAAUUCAUAAGGAGUUGUUGAUUGUUCAUGAUUUAUGUAUGUGUGUUGAACAGUGAAGUCACAUUACGAUGCCACUUUGAAAGACAAUAAUCAGAUGACAACGCAAGAAACGUGUCGUUAUAUACGCAUAUAUUUUUUAUUUCGUUUCAGGUGUCACACUGGCAGUUAUGAUGCUAAUGGCAUUUCUUAGUGUAUGUUAAAUCCAGCUUUGGUCAAUUCUUUGGCUUGCUCUGGCUGAAGAGAUGCUAGCAGGUCUUCCGCUACUUGAUUGUUGAGAAACUAGCAAUGUAGCGUAAAUUAUAGGCUACUUGUAGGCGACUGCCUGCGUUGUUGAAGCAGUCACUAAACUUGUAGUUCUACUUGGCUUUGAGUUGCUCAAGGUUUGAUGUAUUCAUCAUUCAUCAGUUGUGGUUACCGUAAUUUAAAAAAAAAAGUCAGGAGAGCUAAAGGGAAAGACAACAGCUAGCUUAAGUUAGCUUCAUGCUUUUACAGCGCGGCACAUGUUAGCGAUGGACACAGUUAUAUUUUAGCCGCUAUUGAAAAUGAUACAGACGUCCAAUCAUCCUCCUGCUGUGGAUUUAGAUGAAUUUAUCGCUAGUUUAACAAAAUGUGGCAGCGAAUGCCAUCCCUCCCACUUCGAAUGCAUCGGAAGUCUAGCUCUGUCAAUGCAAGCCAAUGAGUUAAUCGUAUUAAUUAAUUUUUUUCAUUAGAAAAUAUUUUUAAAAUGUAUCAUUAAAUACAAUUAUGAAAAUUAAUGUUUAAAAAAUUUACCGUCAUUUUUGGACUGUAAGGCCCACCUGACAAAAAGCCACAACCCACCAAAUUUAACACAAAAAUGGCAUUUGUUCAUAAAUAAGCCGCACUGGACUAUAACUGUGUUAUGGGAUAUGUACACCAAAAGAUAUUAACCGAUAACACUUUAUUUGACAGCAGCAUCAUAAGACUGUCAUAAAACCAAAUGAACCACCAUGAAGUUUGGAACCAAUUGUCUGUCAUUGCUUCAAGAAGCUUCAUUUGGCCAUCACUGCUCCCUUGAGGGAGAGAGUCAAUCUCUGCUGCCACCUGCUGUCAACACUUUUGUUGUCCAACAUGCCUCCUAGCAUGCAUUGCAGCGCUCCAGAUGUCAAUAACAAUCAAAAUUCAUUUUCUAUGCUAAUUAUUUCUUCAGUUACUGUUCUAAUUGUUUCAAUAAUUGCUGCUUAUGGUAUUUGCUAACACUUUUUUUGACAGUGGUGCCAAAAGACUGUCAUAAGACCAUCAUAAUUAUGACAUGACACUUCCAUGAGCAUUAAUGAAUACAUAUGACAGAUGUUAUUUUGUGUCAUCCGGCAAAUUAUCUCACUUUUGAAUGGAUGUAAAAGAUCCGAGCUGGACAUAAAUGGAGUUAGUGACAUAAUUAUGUCAGUCUUACGGCAGUGUUAUGACGCCGCUGUCAAAUAAAGUGUUGCCUAUUAACCCAAUUAAAUGAACAAAUAAGCCGCACUGAACUACAAGCUGCAGGAUUCGAAAUGAGGGGGAAAAGUAGCGUCAGUGUUGUUAGCACUGUUUCAGAAACUGGUUUUAGAUAGCCUUAGCUGUGUGGUGAAGCCAUGUGACAGCAGCAAAGCAUCUCAAACUUGUGUUGAACUGAACUGGCAAGAUAAGAUUCUGUUUUCACGAAACUAGCAAUGUAGCGUAAAUUGCACUUAGUUGGAGCUUGUGGCUCUCCAUAACUUUUGAGAAGGAGUUCAGUUUUUAUCAGUGGUGGUUCGUCAAGAACAGAUUUUGUUUUUGAGAAACUUUCUAUGGCUCGUGUAAAUUAUAAUUAGUGUUGCCGCAAUGUGACUGCCAUAAAGCAUCUCAAACUUGUGCUGAACUAGGCUUACGCGAAUGCCUGCCCGGGGAGUUUAAUGUUUUGUCGGUGGUGGUUUGUCAAGAACAGCUACUGUUUCAGGAAACUUGCACUGGAUAGCGUAAAAUGUAAAUUAUAUCAUGUCUCUCUGGAUGAUACCUGAAUUAAAUAGAAAAUAUAUGUAUAUAUGUAUACACUACUUUGAAAACGAAGGUAUAUUGGGGGUUAUACCAGGAUGAACCUGAAAUUGUGGUCUUUACCGGUUAUCAAUGUUAGGUCCAAUUAAAUUUGACCUGUAAAGGUUUGGCGCAUUUUUUGGUUCAUCCAUAAAUUUCCCCAGAAACCAGACGAAUCCAACUUCGAGUAGUGUAUUCCUUUAUAAAGAUAAUAUAAUACGAAACAAUGUUGUCUACGGUGAACUCAGACCUCCUCUAAUUUUUUUUUACAAUUGGCCACUGGAAUGUAAAGGCUGUUUAAUUCUUUUUUUAAGUGUUUGUAUUUCAACUUAAGACUUCACGGAAAGCACGAGCAGUAAUGACUGAAAAUGUGGACUUGUGGAAAACGAAGAGGGGGCCUCGACUGAGCCGCCGGUUCGGUGGCAGUGACCGGAGCAGUGUGUUGUCAGCGUACGCUCGUUGAGGCGUCGGUGACGCUGCUGAGGCCCAAUAGUUUUUCGUCAAACAUCGCCAAGAUGCCCGAGUUAACGACUGAAUUGUUUGUUUGGACUAGGAAACACUCGCUCGAGACGAUUCAAGUUGGAAUCGGGACACGUGCAUGCAUAGAGACUCCUUAUUGAAACAAAGACUGGUAAUUUGCCAACAUGCCUGUUUGGGUCACUGGGGGAAAGUGUGCAGUGUUAAGAGACAACUUGUAUAUGUUGACUUUAAGGAGGUCGAAUGAGAUCACGGGAUUUUGAAAUGAAACUGGGUGCUUUGAACAAAAGAUAAUAAAUUGAU